UUACCUGUUGUCCUCGAGAGCGCGCAAAUGCGGUUGCGCGUGAACGCGCAAUAGUCUCCUAGCCCGUGCGCGCGCUUAAAGUGGACUCCGACUGAACGUGCCUACAUCACCAUCAUCUUCAUCUUCAUCACCACCUGAACCUGUCAGCAUGUUUCUCCUCCGCUGUAUUGUGUCUUUAACUCUGUUGCUGAUAGCUGAGAGUGGAGUGGGCUCUAGUAAUUCCCCGAGCAGUUACUGCACCGAGUCUAAGGAGUGCCUGCAGUUUGAGUUGGUGUGCCAGACAGAUGAGUAUGAAGUGCGACACUACUCGCCUACUCGUUGGGUGUCGACUGACGCCGAAGCUUAUCUCAUGGGCGUUGGAGCAGCCAUGGCCUUCAGACGCCUCUACCAGUACAUCACUGGAACCAAUCAAGCAGGAAUUCAGAUGGAGAUGACCGCUCCAGUUCUAGUUGAAGUACCAGAAGAGACCCACACGUGGGAGCCGGCACUCUACACACUCAGCUUUCUGCUCCCUUCAGUCUUUCAGAGUGAGCGCCCUCCUGCCCCCAUCGAUGACAAGCUGUAUUUUACAGAGAUGCCUGAGAUGAAUGUGUAUGUGAGGAGUUAUGGUGGAUGGAUGCUCUCGGUCUCGUCUCGACUCCACACACACCUGCUAACCAAAGAGCUACAGAGAGUUAACGCUAACUACAACCACACACACCACUAUGCUGUGGGCUACGACAGUCCUCUGAAACUCUUACACAGACAUAAUGAGGUGUGGUACCUGGUGAACGGUGAGCCAGUGUGUAACGGAACGAUGCAUAAACCCCCUCAGAACACCACUGCUAUCACUGCUACUGCUAACACUGCUACUACUAGCACUGCUACAACUAGCAUUGCUAAUUCUUCUGCUACUACUGAUCCUACUGCUACUGAAUAACCAGGAGGCUCCAGUGGAACUGGCUGUGAUUCUGCAUGUCUUCAGAUGAUUCUGUAAUCGACCGGACUGGAACUUCCAUAAGCUCGGUUAUCAGCUCCAUCUCUAUAUAUUCACCAGAAUCUUUUCUCCAGCUUCAGGAAACAGGGUGAAAAAUUCAUCAGCUUCAGCUCAGUGUCUUGGUUAGCUUUUAGAAAAAAAAAAUCCUUAGUAAUAUUAAAAAGGGUUCCUUCUGCGUUCUUUGGGUGACUUCCUUGCUAAAGGUUGUCCUUGAGUUUAUGAGACUUACGAGUUUAUUAUGUUUUAAUUUGCAGUAAGUUUACGUUAUCAGGAUUGAGGUGAUCACAUACAGAACACGUGAUUGGUUCAGAAGGUGUAGAGAUGUUUCCAGCUGAUGUAAUUGUGAUAUAAUGCCACAGAUCUCCAAGCUGCGUUCACUAAUAAAACAAUAUCAUAUCUGUUA